UAAAAAUAAAAUAAAAAAACCCAUAAAAAUAAUUAAAAUCUUUCUCUUUCUCUCUCUUUCUUUUUUCUCUCUGUGUUUGUUUCUCUCUCCUCGUAGCAUUUCCAGCAGAGAAUAAGGAAACGAAGAGAGAGAGAGAGAAGCAUGGUUUCAACGAGGCGAAGUGGAUCUCUCUCCGGGAACAACUGCAAACGAUCGUCGUCUUCCGAGGACAAGCCACCGUCACCGAAACGACCGAAGGCGGAUAAUGGUAGUGCUUCGGACAAAGCGACUCCUGGGGUGGAGAAUUCGAAGGAGCUGUGCACGCUUCCGCCGGCGGGGGCUGCCGAUCCCGGAGAAUGUGGUCCCGAAGAUGCGCCGGUCGCCGGAGACGGGGUGACUUCUGGAAAGACCGAAGCUGCUGCGCCAGCUGUGGCGGUGACGACACCGAUCGCCGAAGGGUCUUCGCCGGUGGUGGAAAAGCAGCCGAGGAGUGCACCGUCUUCCUGGAGUUUCUAUCAGAAGCAGAACCCGAGUUUUGAUACGCCUUGGUGCAAGCUUUUGUCACAGUCUGCACUGAAUGUAAAUAUUUCUAUUAGUGCAAUGGCAUUCACAAUUGGUGCAAACAGACAGUGCAAUUUUGCUCUCAAGGAUCAUACCAUUAGUGGAGUACUGUGCAAGAUCAAGCGCACACAGCGUGAGGGCAGUGCUGUAGCAGUUCUUGAAAGUACGGGAAGCAAGGGAUCAGUGCAAGUAAAUGGGACAAAUGUCAAGAAAGGCAACAGUUGCAUGCUUAACCCGGGUGAUGAAGUUGUCUUUGGUUCAAUGGGCAACCAUGCUUAUAUUUUUCAGCUACUGCUGACUGAGGCUGCAGUUAAGGGUGCAGAGGUGCAAGGCAGUAUUGGAAAAUUUUUGCAUCUUGAAAAGAGGGCAGGAGAUCCUUCAGCUGUGGCUGGGGCUUCCAUACUGGCUUCUCUUAGCACGAGGGCAGAACAAUCGCGAUGGAAGUCCGCAGCUCAGACCACCAGUAAAGUUCACCCCGGUGCUGAGGUACCAGCUCAGUCUGUCAUUCAAGAUGAUACAGAAAUUGAGCUUGGUGGUCUAGAAAGCAGCUCAACUCCAAAUAGAGCGACUGACAAAGCUGAAGAUAUUGGAGCAAUAGACAAGAAUCUCACUCCAGACUGCAACCCCGAUUCUAGCAUAGAGGCAGGCAAUGUAAAACUUUCUGGGAUGAAUGAUUUGCUAAGGCCUUUAUUGAGGAUGUUAGCUCGAUCACCUAGUUAUAAACUAAAAUUGAGCAAAGGUAUCUGUAAACAGGUAUUGGAAGAAAGAAACGAGUGGAUGAGGGAUUUGCAAUCAGCAUCAACGUCAGGCAUGUCUCUCCGGUGUGUUGCAUUUAAAGAAGGCCUUCAUGCAGGAAUUCUUGAUGGCAAAAGCAUAGAUGUCUCCUUUGAUAACUUCCCAUACUAUUUGAGUGAGAAUACGAAGAAAGUGUUGAUUGCAGCCUCAUUUAUACACUUGAAACAUAAAGAGCAUGUGAAGUAUACCUCAGAGCUUACAGCUGUGAACCCUCGCAUUUUGCUCUCUGGUCCUUCAGGGUCUGAGAUAUAUCAGGAGAUGUUGGCAAAGGCUCUUGCGCAGUACUUUGGGGCUAAGUUGCUCUUAUUCGAUAGCCACUCUUUUUUGGGUGGUUUAUCAUCAAAGGAAGCUGAGCUGCUCAGGGAUGGAUUGAGUGCAGAAAAACUCUGCAGCUUGACCAAACAAAGUCCCGCACUCCCAGACUUGGCCAAGAACACUGAUCUUUCAGCUUCUGAAACAGAGGCACUGGGAUCUUCAAAUGCACUGAAUGACCUGGAAUCCCAACCAAAGAUGGAGAAUGACACCCUCCCCUCUUCCUCGGGGGCAUCGAGGAAUUACUUGUUUAAAAUAGGUGACAGAGUAAGAUUUAUUGCUCCAGGUGCCUUAUAUGCUACAUCAUCUUCUUUACGGGGCCCAGGGAUCGGAAUGCGUGGAGAGGUUGUGCUGCUUUUUAAGGACAAUCCUUUGUCAAAAGUCGGUGUAAAGUUUGAUAAACCAAUACCUGAUGGUGUUGAUCUUGGGGGUCUAUGUAAAGGCAAUGGAUACUUCUGCAAUGUCUUUGAUCUUCGAUUGGAAACCACGGGCGCAGAAGAUUUGGACAAGUUACUUAUCAACACAUUGUUUGAGGCUGUAAUAAGUGAGAGCAGAAGUUCCCCUUUCAUUUUGUUCAUGAAAGAUGCUGAGAAGUCCCUGGUAGGAAAUUCUGAUUCAUUUUCCGCAUUCAGAGCGAGACUUGAUAAGCUUCCAGAUAAUGUGGUUGUAAUUGGUUCUCACACUCAAACUGACAGUCGCAAGGAGAAGUCGCACCCUGGUGGUUUGCUUUUCACAAAGUUUGGCAGCAAUCAAACUGCUCUUCUUGACUUGGCUUUCCCGGAUAGUUUUGGAAGACUACAUGAGAGAGGGAAAGAAGUUCCCAAGGCGACAAAACUUCUGUCUAAACUCUUUCCCAAUAAAGUUACCAUUCAUAUGCCGCAGGAUGAAGCACUUCUUGUCUCGUGGAAGCAACAAUUGGAUCGAGAUGUUGAAACCCUAAAAAUGAAGGGAAACUUGAAUCUCUUGCGCACUGUUCUGGGUCGAUGUGGACUAGAGUGUGAAGGACUUGAGACACUAUGCAUCAAGGAUCAAACACUUACCAACGAAAGUUCAGACAAGGUAGUUGGAUGGGCUCUAAACCAUCAUUUAAUGCAGAAUCCUGAAGCUGAUCCAGAAACAAAAGUUGUUGUAUCUGCGGAGAGCAUCCAGUACGGACUUGAAAUUUUACAGGCUCUCCAGAAUGAAACGAAGAGUUUGAAGAAGUCACUUAAGGAUGUUGUAACAGAAAAUGAAUUUGAGAAAAGGCUGUUAGCUGAUGUUAUUCCACCUAGUGACAUUGGAGUUACGUUUGAUGAUAUUGGAGCCCUUGAGAAUGUGAAGGAUACAUUGAAGGAGUUGGUGAUGCUUCCUUUACAAAGGCCUGAGCUUUUCUGCAAGGGGCAAUUAACCAAGCCUUGCAAGGGUAUCCUUUUAUUUGGUCCCCCUGGAACAGGCAAGACAAUGCUUGCAAAGGCUGUGGCCACGGAAGCUGGUGCAAACUUUAUCAACAUAUCCAUGUCAAGCAUCACAUCUAAGUGGUUUGGUGAGGGUGAGAAAUACGUGAAAGCUGUUUUCUCGCUGGCCAGUAAAAUUGCGCCUAGUGUUGUAUUCGUAGAUGAAGUGGACAGUAUGUUGGGCCGACGGGAAAAUCCAGGGGAGCAUGAGGCAAUGCGUAAGAUGAAGAAUGAAUUUAUGGUAAAUUGGGAUGGUUUACGAACAAAAGAAACAGAGCGAGUUCUUGUACUGGCAGCCACAAAUAGGCCUUUUGACCUUGAUGAGGCUGUCAUUCGAAGACUGCCGCGCAGGUUGAUGGUAAAUUUGCCAGAUGCUCCGAAUAGAGCAAAAAUAUUGAAAGUCAUACUGGCAAAAGAGGACUUGUCUCCCACUAUUGAUUUUGAUGCUAUUGCGAGCAUGACGGAUGGGUAUUCUGGAAGUGACCUCAAGAAUCUUUGUGUAACUGCUGCACAUCGUCCAAUUAAAGAGAUUUUGGAGAAGGAAAAAAAGGAGCAUGCUGUAGCUGUAGCAGAAGGUAGAGCUGCUCCAGCUUUGAGUGGCAGUGCUGAUAUACGGUCUCUGAACAUGGACGACUUCAAAGAUGCUCACGAACGGGUAUGUGCCAGUGUUUCAUCGGAGUCUGUGAACAUGACCGAGCUUUUACAGUGGAACGAAUUAUACGGCGAAGGGGGUUCAAGAAGAAAGAAAGCCCUUAGCUACUUCAUGUGAAGGCUUCUGCUGUACAAAAUGGGUUUUUUUCUCCUUAAUCAAUUUUUUUAUUUUCGUUUACAAUUUUCCGUCCCAUAAAUUUCUGCAGUUCUUCUCCUAGAGCCCGAUGUAAGUUUUGCCUCCAUCUUACUUACGGCUCUGUAGACAAUCAUUUCCUGUAAAAUGAAAUUCAGUUUUUUACGCUGCUUUUAUUGUCCCUUUAGUUCGAUGGUGGCGGGUACAAGUGAAGCGAAAGCCUUCUAAAGAGAAGUGGCUUUGGCUUCACCACUUGUGUUUCGUUCCCCAUCGUCAUUCUGUCGGCGUAAAGAAAGUGUCUGUUAACCCCAGUUAUUGUGGUGACAGUAGAGAAAACAAAGGCAAAGACGGAAUGGUGAUAUGUGCAUAUAGUCAUUUUGAUUGCGCUCGUUGGAAUUGAACAAUAAGCAGUUAGGAACCAUUGACAUUUUCUGUACCAUGUAUCAUAUAGAUGCUGCCUUGGCAGUUUUUUUCUGGUCUCACAUUAGUUACAGUACUUUACUGCAUUAUUUUCCUUCAAUUUCUCGUAACUUUUAAUGUUGAACAUUGUUGGAUUGAUGCCGGUUUGUGAAGUGGUGCUGGGUGAUGAUUAACUGGUGCUUGAUUAAUUUAAUUUUUCAUUAAUCAAA